UUACGACCGUCGAUGAUGCAUAAAGCGGACAUCGCGUUGUUAGGAAGGAGACUCACAUGGAUGACGCGAUAUGAAGGCGGCUGAGACGGUCAGGUACAAAGCUGAAGAACGUUUUCCAUAGUGUUUGGGUGAAAUUGUAAGAACAUCCACUAUGUAUGAUAGCCCCCCUGUGUACAGCCCGCCUUACAGCACUACCUCACAAAACCUCUAUACCCUGAGGAGCGUCCAUUCUCCUCAGAGCCAGUAUGUCCCUUACACCUACCAUCUCCCUCCAGACUCCUACUACGUGGAGGAGAAGCCUCAGCACUUCUACCGCUGGUUUUCUCCCCCGGGUUUUGUCAAAACCUUCCAGGGAAUCACUGUUCUUUUGUGUUUCCUCAUCUUUGCCUGUGUGGCUUCAACUUUGGUGUGGGACAUGAACGGAUUUGGGUACGGGGGUUACGGUGUUGGGGCUACAGGGGGUGUCGCAGGGACGGGAUCAGGAUAUUAUGGAGGCAGCUACGGCUAUGGCAGCUCCUACAUGACGCCACAGUCUGCUAAGUCGGCUAUGAUCUCCAUGGCAGCCAUCAACUUCCUGGUUUCACUGGGCUUCCUAGUGGGGAGUUUCUCACGGUCCCGGAUGAUGAGGGGGUGCAGGUUUUACCUGACUGUGUUCAUCUGUGAUAUCAUCUUAGCCGUCCUUCAGGGCAUCAUCGACAUUAUCUUUGUGAUUGGGGUGAACCCAAUGUCUCAGAGCUCACAGAGCAUGCUGUACAACCCCAUGCUGAUGAUGUGCCAGAACAUCCAGGGCAGCCCCAGCCUCAGCGGCAGCGUGGGGGCUGGUUUUCCAGGGGGGUUCCCCAUGUACAAUCAAUACCUGCACCACUACUGCUACAUGGACCCUGAAGAGGCGGUAGCCUUAGUGUUGGGUCUGAUGGUGGUAUUGGCUCUGUCCCUGUCUGCUUACUACGCCUACAAGACCCGCAGCAAGAUUUGGCGCCACGGAAAAGCUAACAUCUUCUGGGACGAGUCGCUGGUGAGGGCAUCAGAGGGCCAAGACGUGCAGGACUGGGUGAACCAUGUGGGAGAGGCGCGCAGCACACAGCAGGCACCAACUGUCGUCGUAUCAGAGAGAGCAGCGCCUGACCGCAGGGUGGAAAACAGUGUGGUCUCCUACAGCAAUAGAACGGUCAGCAUUCACAGCGAGGGACAAUAUAAAAGCAACAGUUUCUCUGCUGACAACAGUAAUGGUCGUGGUGCUGAGCCUCUGUACCAGAACAGCAGGGUCACAGUUUACUCCAGCAGCUCCUCAGACGAGACUGACAGCGUCCGGAAACCUCCUCCUUACCAUGUGGAGAGGGAACAGAGGAAGGACCGAAAGCCCCGGCCUGCUGUUCAGGAGAUGGUGGAGUCUCAAUAUGAAACCGGUUACACCACUGGGGACACUGGUAAUGAGUUGGACCGGGACCACACAGAUUACCUUUACAGGCUGUACCCAGAGAUAACUUCAGACGAGCAGCGCCAGCAGUACAAGAAGGAGUUCGACUCUGAUCUGGCCCGCUAUAAGAGCCUCUGUACUGAAAUGGAUGACAUCAGUGACCAGAUGCACAAGCUGAGCCGCGAACUGGACACGUUGGACGAAGGCUCCAUGAAGUACCAGGGUGUGGCAGAGGAGUAUAACCGACUGAAAGACCUUAAAAGGACACCAGACUAUCAAGCAAAGAAGAAGCAGAGCAAAGAAAUUCGGCAAAAGCUUUUCCACAUCAAACGUUUGGUAAAAAUCUAUGACCAAGGUCUUUGUUAGAGUGUCUCAGUAAUAGGUCCAACCUGAGGCUGAGGAUGAGCACUGACAAGGUGAGACCUGGCUAAAGAAACGAGGAUAUAUCCUCCAUUUCCCUUUGGUUUUAUUGCUUUGCUGUUUGACUUGUAACAGCACGACCUUCAUACUGACCUCACAGUCUCUGAGCAUCAGCUCUGGUUUUUAACUCUUAUGUUUCCUGUAUUACUUUUGCAGCUGUCAGGAUAAAGCUA